UGGGUUCUAGCCUUUUAGACAAAAUAAAAACUCAUAACAGACAUAACAUCUUUUUUGAUUCGUUGUUCCGCUGUAACUUCGACGCGGCGAAAUUUUUGUUGAUGUUGGUAAUUUGCAUGACAAUAUUUCAUACUCGUAUAGAAGUUACAAUGUCUUCUACUCGACGCAAGAACCAUCAGAGUGGCAGCAGAGCGCCCAGCAGAACAGUUCCGCUUCAGUCCGAAGACAGCGAAAACAUGCCAUCGUCCAGCACUUCGCAAUCUGUUAACACACACCGCGCUGGCGACGGUGGCAACUCGACAUCCUACUCUUGCCGAUGGCGUGAAUGCGAUUUCCAAACGUACCAACCGGAGAAUUUCCUUAAUCACCUGCGGAACCACGCGAAGCCGGCAAAGGAUAGCUCAAACGGACUAUGCCUUUGGAAGAACUGCAGUGCUUGUAAAAGUCGUCCGAUGCGCCCGCCCGUCCUGCAGAAGCACAUGGCCGAAACGCACAUGCCGAAGAACCAGUUUCGAUGCCCGAUGGAUCGCUGCAAUGAAUCGUUUAAUACUCCCGAUGAGCUGGUCUAUCAUUUAGAAUUAACCAACCAUUCCGCACCGAGGAAGAGUGUUCGAAAGGAUCGCAAACUGGACGAACGUUCAGCUGGGCAGUUUCGCUCGACGCUCAUCACAUUUCUGGGCACAGCAGCGGAGCAGCAGCGCAGAAAAGUAGCCAUGAAAGUGCAACAGUAUUUGCGCGAAAGAGGGAUUGUCUAUGCAGCAUACCUGGAUGAAUAUCUCGUGCAAGUAUACCUAACGCCUGUACAGACCGCGGAAGGGCCAAACUGGUACAAGGUCCAUUUUCCUUUCGCACAGGAUUCUGAGGAUUGGGUGAAUGAUAUCGCGAUAGAAUACGCCCAGAAAAACCAAGGAACCAAAACGAUCCGCACUGAACUACCGCUGUCGAAUCCUAUAUUUAAAGAGCCACUCCGCUGGUUUGUUAAAAGCGUGGUAGAAAAUAUGGAGUUCAGAAAUUCCGAUGUGGGUUAGCAGAAAUCGGGAUUGAGAUUUGUUUGCGCGUGUUGGUUCAUUUGCUCAAGAGUCAGACAAAAUGUUCGCCCCUGAAACUGGCCUCCAAACAUCGGGGUGCGUCAGUGGCUUUUCACCCCCAAGGAAGGCCAACAAAGCCCAUCUGUUUUUACUGCUGAAAUUUUGAUUCAUUUUAAUUGGUUUAUACUUUAUAGGCAGCGCACGCUUAUUGUUCUUUAUAUGGGCGUUUGCCGAACCUUGAAAAUUCUAGUUUUGUGAUGUACUCGUUUGUGUGUAUUUAAUAGCGGCGCUGUGCUGCUUUUUUGUUAUUGUCAGCGUUACUCAGAUUUCGAGCUCCUGACCAAUGCAUUGUUUAUUUGUUCUAUGGCAUAAGUACUAUAGCCUAAUUGUCUGCAAAUUGAUUUCAAAUUUUUAAGUGGCGUUACCAAAGUUUUGUUGUUGUAUCCAGCUAUGCUGUCAUUGCAAACCCUUCGU